AUGGAUUUAAACCCCAUAUAUAAAGUUCAAUACUUUUUUUUAGAAAUAGCAACCUGGAAACUACUAAUAUUACAAGAUAGAUUUUCACCAUUAAUAGAACAACUAUCGUUUUUUCAUGACCACACCUUACUUAUUCUAGUAAUCAUUACUAUUUUAGUAAGACAAAUAAUAGCUGGACUAUUUGUAAAUAAACUAACUCAUCGAUUCCUCCUUGAAGGACAAACAAUUGAGCUAAUUUGAACAGUACUACCAGCGAUUACCCUGAUUUUCAUUGCUCUACCAUCUCUCCGAUUAAUUUACAUUCUAGAUGAAACAAACAAUCCGUCUAUUACAAUUAAAACAAUCGGACAUCAAUGAUACUGAUCAUAUGAAUACUCAGACUUCAAAAACAUCGAAUUCGACUCAUAUAUAACACCACUUAAUGAAAUAAAUAACUUCAGCUUCCGUCUACUAGACGUAGAUAACCGAAUGAUUAUUCCAUUUAUAUCACAGAUCCGAAUACUAGUAUCAGCAGCUGAUGUUAUUCACUCAUGAACUAUUCCAUCAUUAGGAGUAAAAAUUGAUGCAACACCAGGACGAUUAAAUCAAACUAGAUUCAUCUCAACCGGAUCAAGAUUAAUAUACGGUCAAUGUUCUGAAAUUUGUGGAGCAAAUCAUAGAUUCAUGCCAAUCGUAACAGAAAAAAUCUCCCAAUCAUAUUUCAUUAAAUGAAUUUCAAAAAUGAUUCAGUCCUCAUUAGAUGGCUGAAAGUAAGCACUGGUCUCUUAAACCACAUAAUAGUAAACUAACAACUACUUCUAAUGGAACCCC